CCGGCAGACGUCAAGGGGCCCGCCGCGCGCGUCCGCGGGCCGCCGCUCUGCCGUGGACCGGGCCGGGGCUGCCGCCAGCGUGCGGGCCGCGCCGGGCAUGUCCUAGGCGGCGGCCCCGCCCAGCGCUCGGCAGGCCGGGCGGGAGGGCCGGGCCGAGCCGGGACCGGGCGCGCGAGCCGGGGGGCCCGGCCCGAUCGCCGCGCAGGGUCACUCGGGCCGAGUCAGCGCCAAGAUGAGCGUCACGUCCUGGUUCCUGGUGAGCAGCGGCGGCACCCGCCACCGGCUCCCGCGGGAGCUCAUCUUCGUGGGGCGCGACGAGUGCGAGCUCAUGCUGCAGUCCCGCAGUGUGGACAAGCAGCACGCUGUCAUCAACUACGACCAGGACCGAGAUGAGCACUGGGUGAAAGACCUGGGCAGCCUCAACGGGACGUUUGUGAACGACGUACGCAUCCCAGAUCAGAAGUAUGUCACGCUGAGGCUCAAUGAUGUCAUCCGCUUCGGCUAUGAUCCCAACAUGUACGUGCUGGAGCGGGUGCUGCACCGCGUCCCUGAGGAGGCGCUCAAGCAUGAGAAGUACACCAGCCAGCUGCAGGUGAACGUCCAGGCCUCCCUGCCCAAGAGGGCGGAGCCCCUGCAGGAGCCCGCACCCUACUGCGAGUCCACCCACCCCAGGCCCGAGAAAGGGGACCGAAGGCCCGGCGCAGAGGCCACGGCUUACCGCACGCCCCUGUACGGGCAGCCCUCCUGGUGGGGGGAGGACGAUGGCGCCGCCCCUGAGGACCAGCGCCAGGAGGAGCCCUACCCAGAGCGCCCCAGGGAGCCGCCGACGCAGGGGGCGGAGCUGGACGGGCCCCCCGCCGCCCCGGAGCACCAGGGCUAUCCGUUCCGGCGCGAGCCCAGCUACUUUGAGAUCCCCACCAAGGAGACGCCGCGGCCAUGGCAGCCCCCCGAGGCGCCCACCAAGGACAGGGAGGGGGACGGCGGAGGGACGGCCCCCGUGGUGCAGAGCCACGCCUCCUUCACCAUCGAGUUUGACGACUGCAGCCCGGGGAAGGUGAAGAUCAAGGACCACAUCACCAAGUUCUCCCUGCGCCAGCGGCGGACCCCGGGCCAGGAGGCCUCCCCCGGGGACAUGGUCUCGGCCCAGACCAAGGUGGCCGACUGGCUGGUGCAGAAUGACCCCAGCCUGCUGCCCCGGCCGGGCGCGGGCGAUGACCGCCACAGCACCAAGAGCGACCUGCCGGUCCACAGCCGCACCCUGAAAGGCCACAAGCACGAGGACGGCACCCAGAGCGACUCGGAGGACCCGCUGGCGAAGGCGGGCGCGGGCGGGGCCGCGGCGGAGGCGGGCGGGGAGCCGGCGCGGCUGCAGCGGCAGAUCCGGCGGGACCCCCAGGAGCUGCUGCACAACCAGCAGGCCUUCGUCAUCGAGUUCUUCGACGAGGACACGCCUCGCAAGAAGCGCUCGCAGUCCUUCACGCACGCCCCGCCGGGGGACCCCAAGACGGACAAGCGCCGCGCCCCGGGGCCCGCGGACCGAGAGCGCCCCGGCCCCCCGGCCCGCGCCCCGGCCGGCGGGGGGCCCCCGCGGGCCGGCUCGCUCAAGCGGGACAGGCCGGAGGAGCGGCCGGGGGGCCCCGCGCCCGCCCCCCGCGCCCCCGCCCGCCCCUUCGGGAGCGUGGGGCACCGCUCCCGCCUGGCCCAGGACUUCGCGGCCCAGGGCCUGCGCGACGGCUCCCCGGCCCCCCGGCCGGGCCCGGAGCGGGCGCCCCCGGGGCCGCCCGGCCCCCCGACGCCCUGCUCGGCCAGCCCCGCGGCCCCGCCCACCCCCCCGCCCCCGCCGGCCGACCCCCAGCUGACGAAGGCCCGCCGGCAGGAGGAGGAGGACAGCCUGAGCGACGCGGGCACCUACACCAUCGAGACGGAAGCACAGGACCGGGAGGUGGAGGAGGCCCGGAAGAUGAUCGACCAGGUGUUUGGGGUGUUUGAGGCCCCAGAACUUUCCAGAGUGUCCAACGCCACCUUCCGCCCCGUCAUCAAAGGGGGGGACAGGGAAGACUCCGUGGACGGGGGCGUGGCCCAGAGAAUGGCGCUGCUGCAGGAGUUUGCCUCCCGGCCCCCGGGUGCGGCCCCCCAGACGGAGCACCAGGGCCACCUGGUCCCAGGCUCGCCGGGGGCUCAGAAGUGGGUGUCCCGCUGGGCCAGCCUGGCCGAUAGCUACUCAGACCCGGGCCCGGCAGAGGACGGCCCGGGACCCAGAACGGGGGAGCCGGAGGGGGCCCCGCCUGCGCGCACGCGGCGACUGCUUCCCCAGCUGCCCGGCGAGAGGGCCGACGGCCCCGCGGGGCCCGAGGGGGCCAGGAGGCCUGGGCCGGGGCCGCCGGAGCCGGGCGGGGAGCCGGCCGGCCGCCUCCCGGGCCAGGAGGACCUGGACCCCGACAGCCUCAGCGACGCCAGCGGGUCAGACGGGGGCCUGGGCCCCGAGGGCAGGGGGGAGCGGCGCCCGAGUCCCCAGGAGAUGGCCGUCCGGGCCCGGGGCCCGCGGGCCCCCGGGGAGCCGGCCCCCGCCUCCUUCUUCAUCGGAGACCAGAACGGGGAGCCCGCCUUCCCCCGGAAACCGCGAGUGGCCCCCGGGGAGGCGGAAGGCCCGGGGCGGGCGGCCCCCCCGGCCCCCCCCGCGAAGGACGGCGGCCGCGUCAGCGCCGGCGGGAGGGUGGCCCUCCAGCUGCGCGCCGGGCGCUCCCCCGAGCCCGGCGGCCCCGGCCCGGCCCCUCCCAGGGAGACCCCGGCCUUCGUCCGACAGGAGAGCUUCACCAAGGAGCCCGAUGGGGGCCCCCCGGCGCCCGGCAGGCCGCCCCGCGUCGCCAGCCACCCCCUGCUGCGGGACCUGGCGGCCGCCCGGGCCUCGCGCGGGGAUCCCCAGGCCCCGGACACCCGCCUGAUCCUGAAGGAGACCGAGACGGCCUUGGCGGCCCUGGAGGCCCGGCUGCUCUGCAAGGCCCCCGAGCCGGAGGCCGGGGCGGGCGCCCCCGGGCCCCCGGAGGACUCCCUGUCCGGGGACUCGGACGCGGACACCGCCAGCACCGUCAGCCUGCUCAGCGGCAGGAACGGACCCAGCCCCACCACCCCCCGGACCCCGGGGCCCCGGAAGGAGAGCCCGCCGUCCCCGCCGGAGGCGCCGGGCUCCGGGGGCGCCGCCCCGGGGGAGAAGCGGCCGCGCCCGGCGGAUCCGGGCCGGCGCCCCGCCGUGCGGUGCGGCCACGGCUCCCGCGGGUCCCUGGACUGGCCGGACGCGGAGCGGGGCCCCGGCCUCGACGCCCCGCCCGGCCCCGACGCGGUCGCCUCCCAGCACGAGGGCCCCGAGGCCCCCGGGCCCCGGCGGAAGCCCGCGCCCUCCCCGCCGCCCCCCGCCCCCCGGGAGGAGCAGAGCCGCGUCUCCCCCGGCGCCCAGAAGGUGCAGCAGGCCCUGACCCGCUCCAACAGCCUGUCCACCCCCCGGCCCACCCGGGCCUCCCGGCUGCGGCGGGCCCGGCUGGGGGAGGCGUCCGACACCGAGGCCGCGGAGGGGGAGCGGGCGCCCGCCCCGCCCGAGCAGGCCAAGAAGCUGACGCGCCUGGACAUCCUGGCCAUGCCCCGCAAGCGGGCCGGCUCCUUCACCGCGCCCGGCGACGCGGAGCCGCCCCCCGCCCCCGCCCGCACCGGCUUCUCCGGCCGCAGCGCCGAGCUGUACUGCGGCAGCCGCAAGCCCACCGUGGCCGAGGCCCGGGCCGCCGCCAGGAAGGCCGCCGCCGCCGCCGCCGCCAGCACCGGGGCCCGCCAGCCCUUCAGCCGGGCCCGGCCCGGCAGCGCCAGAUACGCCUCCCACACGCGUCGGCGGCAGCAGGGCUCGGAUUACACGUCCACCUCCGAGGAGGAGUACGGCUCCCACCACGGCUCCCCCAAACACACACGCUCCCAUGCCUCAACAGCCACGCAGACCCAGCGGGCCGGCGGCUCCGGCCGGGCUCGAUCCCGGGCCCCCGGCCCGCGCGACACCGACGACGACGAGGAGGAGCCCGGCCCCUACGGUUUCAUCGUGCAGACGGCGGAGAUCGCCGAGAUCGCCAGGCUGAGCCAGACGCUGGUGAAGGACGUGGCGAUCUUGGCCAGGGAGAUCCAUGACGUGGCCGGCGACGGGGCCUCCCUGGGGCCCCCCCGCAGCCCCUCCCUCGGGAACAUGCCCAGCAGCCCCGCCUCCACCAUCUCCGCCCGGGAGGAGCUCGUGCAGCACAUUCCUGAGGCCAGCCUCAACUUCCAGAAGGUUCCACCCGGAUCCCUGGGCUCUCGGGACUUCAACCAGAACGUGAGCGACGGCUGUGCGGACGGCCUGACCAGGACGAGGCCCCGGCACCGUGAGGAGGUGAUCUUCGAUAACCUGAUGCUGAACCCGGUGUCGCAGCUGUCCCACGCCAUCCGGGAGCACACGGAGCACCUCACGGAGAAGAUGAAGAUCCUCUUCCAGAACACGGGCGGGGCCUGGGAGGACCUGGAGGCCAGGGUCAACGCGGAGAACGAGGUGCCCAUCCUGAAGACGUCCAACAAGGAGAUCAGCUCCAUCCUGAAGGAACUGCGGCGCGUGCAGAAACAGCUGGAAGUCAUCAAUGCCAUCGUGGACCCCAAUGUCAACCUGGACCUGCUGACAGGAAACAGGGCUCCUGCAGGCCCGGCCCCGCCGGGGCUCGGGAAGGGCCGGGCGGCGGCCGCGAGCCCCCCCUCGCCGGCCCCCACGGCGCCCUCGCUGCCGGCCCUGCCGCUGAGGGGCUUCCCGCCGCGCGCCAGCUGCGGGCCGCCGGGCCUGCCGGAGCCCGCCUUCCUCCCGGACGCCGAGCAGUUCCUGAUCUAGGCGGCGGCACGUCCCCCGCCCCCCGCGCACGCGCGUCCUGUGGCCGCCCCACCCACGGGCCGCCUGCCCGGCCGGGUGGUCCUCUGUAAAAACCCCACAUGUGCCAUAACCCCCGGGGGCCGGGGCCUCCCGUGCCAAGCCCUCCCUCCGCCCCGCGCCCACCCCGC